CCACCUGUAUUGCACUGAAGUUCACGUCAGAUCUCCACAUGCUUUUGAUUGAGGUUAUUGAGGUGCCAAAAUAAUCUAAUGUUAAAUGCAGAUAAAUGUUCGAGCUUGUGUAAAGAAGCAAUUUAAAAUUCUAUUCCAUUGGAAGUCAUUCCAAAAAUAUUCUUUGUGCGUUCGAACGUAAAGUGGUGCACCAAAAUGAAAAAAUCAACUAGACACAAAGAUGUUAAUACUUUCAAGUUCCAACCGUUUGCUGAGCGCAUUUCAAACAUCGACGUUGAUAUAUUUCACAAAAUCAGGCACGAGUACGAAGCUGAUUCUGAGGAAAAUGAAAGCCACUUUUACCAAACCAUACAGAAGUGGAAUGUACUAAACCUUACAGAGGGCUACGAUAGGUUUAAGAAGGAGAUUAGGGCUGAUAACUACGUUACUUUGCCGCAAGUUCUACUGGCCAAAGACCACAUUAUUGAAGUGAUUCUAAGCUACUUGGGCCAUAAAAAUGCAUUGUAUCUGCAGCCGAUAUUAGAAAGCGUGGUGGCUCUUGCACAGGAUCUGCGCAAGGAGUUCUAUCCGUAUUAUCAAAAAUUCUUAGAGGUAAUUAUCGAUCUGUUGAACACUAAGGAUACUGAGCAGCUCGAAUGGACCUUCAGCUGUUUAGCCCACUUAUUCAAAAUCCUCUGGCGGCCCAUGAUUAAGAACAUCCAUGAAGUUUUCACUUCGCUUCUGCCGUUACUUUCUGAUGGAAAACCUGAAUACAUCAACGCAUUUGCUGCAGAGAGUUUUGCCUUCGUUGCCAGAAAAGUCAAGGACAUACCAGCCUUUUUAGAAUUACUUGUGAAAACUGUAUGCAAAAAGAAUAACGGCGUUUCGGGCUGUGGGAAGCUUCUGUUUGAAGUAGCCAAUGGAGUAGAUGGCCAAUUUCAUAAUUGUGCAGAACAGUUUUUGCCAUUCUGCUUUGAGUCAUUGUGGAGUGAAAAAUAUCAGGACACUUUGUUUGACAUUAUCGAACAUGUUGUGACUAAUAUAGCAGACGGUAUUCAUCAUACAAAGAACAAGCCGCUUUGGGAUAUUUUGAUCAAAACCAUGGUCACUUUGCAAGAGAAUCACAAGGCAGGGAAGAGUGAAAACAAUGACCGUGUUUUUGAGUACACCCUAAAAUUAGUUGGGCAAAUGGUUGAGUAUAAGAAUGGCAAACUGUUGCAAGAUCCAACUGUUCUCAUUCAGCAGCUAGUUAAAUUGCUGUCGUUGACCGAUUUGAACGAGAGCGUGAUAAAAAAAGCCAUUCAAGUUUCAAUAUCUAUGCUGCUUUCAAAGUGCAUCAGGCUUCCUCAAGAACAAGCUUCCCAACUGAUUAGGAAAAUUCUUUCGACCGCUGAAAAGAAAGUCCUGCUUUAUUUUAUAGAGAAUACUGGAAGUUGCUCUUUGUUUGAAACACUGAUUUUGCCCACGUUUUUAUCUAAAUGUGGAUUCUACGGGUUUGAUGAUGAUUGCAUUUACACUUUGACGAAACUAGUAGUUACCAAACGACCAUUGUGUAUAUCAGGAAUUUCGUUAGGAGACUGGAGCAAGUACUCAUUGGACUUCCGACAGUUGAGACCGGAAAUAUUUGAAAAGUUAUUCAGUUUUUUGAACAUCGCCGAUAGUCAGUGGGUUAACAUGUCUGAGAACUACUUCUGUGCCUUAAUUUGUUUUCCACAUCUCGAGUUGAAAUCGGAGCAGAAAACUUUGCUAAUUGAAAAAUUACAUGCUAAUUUCUUCUCAUUGCUGACCCAUGUGGAAAAGGAGGCGGAACCAAGUGAAAUUAGAAGGCAGCUGUUUUGGCUGAAUAUUAUUCUGGAAGCUCUUAUUCACGUAGAUGACACCACAACCAUCCAGGAAAAGUUUAAAGAAAUAGUCGAUGUACUCCUGAAAUAUGCUUCAGAAGUGAAAUAUUUAAUUGCACUUAAAUCUUUGGACCUGCUUUUCGAAGCCUUUAAAGAUUGCGAGAAUGCCAUCAAUUCGAAUAUGCUUGUGAAAAUUAAUGCAGUUUGUGAAGGCAAUUUUAACAGUCCAUACCAUGAGAUGCGUCUAUUGACUUCUCACAUAUACUCCUUAUUCGAAAGAUUGCCAGAAUUCGACUUAAAGCACUCGGAUGAUCCGAAAGUCCCGAUUGAGCCAUUUCGAAUCUUUACACUGAUGCAUCAAGUGGAAUCUAUCGAACCCCUGGUUCACACAUAUAGAGAUCAGUUGCAAAGAUUGGAAAAACUGAACUUUGACAAACCGCAAAUGAUCAUGUGCAAUAAGACUGCCUUCAGAAUCAUCCCUCUUCGUUAUUUAUGUGGAGUUUUGUACAUGAAUUUCAAGUUACUUUGGGAACCAGUGUGCAAAAUUAUCGAAACACACGCUCAUGGAUUGAACAUCAACGAGUUUUGGAGUGUUUUCAGCGUGCAAUUGCAACGAACAGUUGAACAGAUUGCGAAGGCGUCAGACUUGAAGAUGGAUGUAAUCGAAACGAAUUUGGACACUUUGGGCGAUUUGUUUCAGGACACACAGAAAGUGAAUGAUAAAUCGGACUUUGUUAAUUAUAGGAUUUUACUCUGGAAAGCUUUGGGCAUGUUUGCAGAUGUAGGCGAAUCUAAGACAAGAGACGUCUCUCAAUUAGUUUUGAGCUUUAUUCAAGAUGAGUAUACUAAUACUAGCGCAGAAAUUGCAACUAUGUGCAAUAUUAAAACUUUCUCCGGAGAAGAAAGCUCAGAUCAAUUGAAGGUGAUAGAAAUGGAGCAAAAUAUUGGCGUUUCUGAGGAGCCUGAAACGCCAAAACGUUCCAAACUUGGAAAGAAAACUGUGUUUCAGACAUUAUUAAACAAAUUAUCAGUGCUUUCCAAAAUCAGAAGCCCCAAAUCAAUGUACCGCGAAUCCGAUUUAUAUCAGCUUUAUUUCGAAUUGCUAAGACACAGAAACGCUGAUAUUCAGAAGGCAGCGUUAGAUUGUCUGAUGACAUACAAGUUUAAAUACCUGAUGCCUUACAAGGAUCAUUUGUACAAUUUGGUCGACGAGAAAAAUUUCAAGAAUGAAAUCACAAACUUUCGGAUUGACAAGGAAACGACUGAAGUCCAAGUUGACCAUAGGGAAAAUCUCAUGCCGGUGAUUUUGCAGAUAGUUUUUAGCAAAAUGAGCCUUAAAACCGGUUUGAGAACAGGAGGAAAGGCCGGUGGACAAAACCGGAGGAGUUUAAUUUUGCGCUUCUUAGCUGGAUGCGACGAAACCGAAAUGUUAAGUUUUGUGCAGAAAUCGUUUGCUGUUUACGCAAAGUAUCUGCAAGAGGACGAUUUGCUUUUAGUUAAGUCAGUAAUUGAACAAACUGACCUGGAGAAGUGCUUUGCUCCAAAGAAACUGCUCAGCACCAUUAAUCUGCUCAAUGUUAUUUUGGAUCAAUUUGGCGGCUUGAUGGGCGACAAGUUGCUGACCUAUUUGCUGAAAAUACUUUUCGUUGUUGGAUCUACCACCAAAGGAGUGUUAGAUCAAAUGGACAAGAUUCACUCAGGAUAUUUGGCAAUUCUAAGAAACAUCAGAACGUCCUCAUUAAAAACCUUAGAGCGAUUCUUUGAGCAAUUUGACAAGUACUUGUGGACUCCUAAGCAAAUUAACACAGUCUUUGAGACGUUCAUUUGGCCUUAUCUGGAUAGGUUGAACGUUGAGGGUAUCCACAGUCCCACAACUUUACUAAAACUUAUACAGCAAUGGGGAUCGAAUCCGAGAUAUUUCCAGUUGUUAGUGAAGUUUAAAGAAGACGACCCGAAUCAAUACAUCCUGCCCCACGUGUUCAAGUUAUUGGUCAAUGAAAAGAGCAACAUCGCCGUUGUGAAUGUUAUCUACGAAAUGGUAGAAUCGCUGCUUAAAUAUGAACUGGCCGCGGACGAAGCCGAUGUGGCACUGGAGGUAGAAAAUGUGCUGCCCAUUGAAAAAACCAUUUUGGAAAAGUGCAAAAUCAACGAGAAGUUGAAUUAUGGAAGUUGCAUUCUGCUUCCACAUGUACCAAUUAUUCUCGAAAAAAUUAAGCGGAAGCUGCAAGGUAAAAACAAGUCUCUGAAUAAGACUGAGUUGUUCAUCUUGUGCCGGAUAUCUGAACUUGUUUGGGAAAGUGAUAUUAGUGGCUCGAUAUUGCAACUACUUAUGCCAGUUGUAGCGAAGAAAUGUGCUUCAGACGAAGAAGUAGUUUUACAGUUCCUAACCACCAUUUAUAAUCUGCUUAAAAAUGUGGACCACCCAGAAAAUCAUUUGAGGAACUUGACGCCUUUGUUUGCGGACGUUUCUUAUUCUUCCUGCAGGAAGGUUUUAAUUAAAACUCUGAACUACAUUGGAUCAAAAUCAGGCUGCACGGAACUGGCACUUGCGUCAAGUUUAAUCAACGAAUUAAAUGCCUUUGAUGUAAAGUGGCUAGACCAACCAGACUUCGAGAAGCGCCACGGGGCAUUUAAGAAAAUUCAGGAUUUAAUAACCAAUAACGAAGUAGAUGUAUCUUUCGGCAGUCUUCUGGUCUACAAUCUGUUCUUCACAAUGAAGAACGAAAAGGAUCUAUCCUUGAAAGGCAACUCCUCGCAUACCUUACGCAUGCUAUGCCCAGCCAUUUUAAAAAAAUGCCAAAGAAAUCAGAAGGAUCUGGACUAUCUUUUGAACGGCUGCAUAUUUAGCUUAAUCAAAAACGGAAUGAGAGUCAAUAAUAAUGCCGAUUUUCGAAAUGAAUGCAUUGGCUUGAUGGGCUGUUUAGCCAGGGAGUGCCCCGAUAUCCACUUCGCUCUAAGGGAUUUAAAUAAAUACACAAAUAAGGCGGAUCCUGAAGUGGAUUUCUUCGAAAAUUUGACCCAUAUGCAGAUACACAGACAUGCCAGGGCGAUGACAAAGUUCUGCCAAUUGAUGAGAGAAGAAACAGUUCCUCCCAAUCCUAAAACGGUGACUCAAUUCCUAUUGCCUCUGGCUACUUACUAUUUGGGCACCGAAAAGUUCUCAGGAAAGAACGCUGUAGUUGAUGCUUCGAUCGAAAUGGUCGGAGUGCUUUGCAGAAUUAUUCCUUGGCACCAAUAUGAAGCGGUUCUGAAAUACACCCUCUCAAAACUACGGUACAAAGCCGAAUUUCAAAAGCAACUGAUACGAUUGGUAGUUAUUAUAUUGGAUGCCUUCCAUUUCGAUUUGAGUAAAGGCCACAUCGGGGAAUUCAAGAAAUGUGAUGAGCUGAUGAAGGGAGCUGCAAUGGAAGUUGACAAAGUGGGGAAAGAGAAGGUGAUAAGCGAAGUUGUGAUGGAAGGCGAUAAAGUGGAGGAUAAGGAACCAGCUGACGGAGAGAAUGCUGAAGAAAGUCCGGAGUUGGAGGAUUUUUUGCAGGAUAAUGAGGACAUUGAGGAAGAACCGGAGGAUAACGAAAAGGAAAAGAUUAUGGAAAAAGUUUCCGUUCUGUGCAAAUCAACAGCCACAAGGGUUAUCAAGAGCAUUCAGAUGGUUUUGUUGCCGCAAUUAAAUAAAUCCCUCGCACAAAUGACCCACUACGAUUCAUCGCAUAAAGUCAAUAGAAAAAGAACGGGAGCCGAGCGCGAAGAGGAAGAUCUGUCUAGGGUGCCCAUAUCUUUGGCCGUCGUAAAAUUACUGCAACGAUUGCCGAAGAAAAUUCUUGAUUUUCACCUACCGGGGGUAUUUUUGAAACUCUGCACCUUUCUAAAAUCGCACUUAGAGUCGGUAAGGCGAGUGGCAAAAGAGACCUUUCAAAAAAUCAUGUUAUCUCUGGGGCCGAAAUAUCUUGGCAUGCUGUUGGGAGAAAUAGCGCCUCUAAUGAACAGAGGGUUUCAAGUGCAUGUUUUGGUCUUCACCGUUCACGGCAUUCUCAGUUGCCUCAAAGGACGCUACGAGCCGAAAGACAUUGACGACGUCCUGCUAACUGUUCUCAAUUUAUGUACGGCUGAUCUCUUCGGAAUCCUAUCAGAAGAAAAGGAAGUAGUUAAAAUCACUGUGAAGGUAUCGGAGGCGAGAUCGACCAAGAGCUAUGAUACACUGCAGAUACUUGCUCAAAACAUCACAGAACAGUGCCUGAUGGAUCUGAUAUUACCGAUAAAACAAUUGCUGGAUUCAAAUCAUUCGUUUAAAGCAGUUCAAAAAGGCCAGGACGCGUUAAGACAUAUAGCUUCAGGCCUUGUGGACAACUCAUUCAUUUCCGUAGAAUCCUUAUUGAAAUUUGCUUAUGGCACUUCAGCUCAAACAAUCAGUACUCUAUUACCAACGAAGAAGAAAAAAUCGCCUCAAUUACAGGAGAAGGUCCAAAAAGAAGACUGUUUUAUUAUACCAAAAAUCCCAGGCAAUAGAACUGCGUACAGGGACUUAAAUGUGAAAACCUCUUCCAACACAAAUGCCCAUUUAAUCGUGGAAUUUGGCUUAAGGCUAGUUUUGGCUCUACUGAAAAGAGACAUGGUGAAAGCAGACGAAUACAAGCCGUUUAUUGAUCCAUUUGUGAAUAUAUUUAAAAAAUGUUUACUGUCCAAACAUGUGAAGUUGUGCUCAUUGACUCUCCAGUGUCUUCAGUGGGUUAUGAAAUACGACAUUCCUUCAAUGGAGAAAAACAUUAAACCAGUCGUCAAAGAAAUGUUCUCGAUCUUGCACAAAUAUUCGUGCUCCGGUCUUAGUAAGGGAGAUAAUUUCGAUUUAGUCGUAGCUGCGUUUAAGGCCAUGGCAGUAUUAGUAAGAGACGUCCACUACUACACAGUUACCACAGAUCAGCUUAAAGCUCUUCUGAUAUAUGUGGAACAGGAUAUGCAUGAUCAUGACCGUCAAGCUACUGCGUUUAGUUUGCUGAAAGCCAUCAUUUCACGGAAACUAAUUGUUCCUGAAAUACAGGAUGUGAUUGCUAAAGUGGCUGAACUGAGUAUCAUUUCUGAGUUAAAUUACGUUAGAUCUCAAUCUAGGUCGGUCUUUCAUCAAUUUAUCAUGGAAUAUCCUCUGGGAAAUUCGUUGGAAAAACACCUUAGUUUCUACAUUUCUCAAAUGAGUUUUGAAAUGCAACACGGACGAGAGUCUGCAAUUGAAAUGAUCCACACUUUAAUCAAUUCCUUCCCACUGGCAGUAUUGAAGAAUCACAGCGGCACAUUGUUGAUUACCUUGGGGGCUAGACUAGUAAAUGACGACGUUCCGGAAUGCCGAAAAAUGGUCGCCGAAUGUCUAUCAGCAAUGCUGAAAAGACUAGUCAAAGCUGAUAGAGAUCCUCUUUUUGAAAUAUUAACUCUUUGGCUGAAGGAUAAAGAGAUUAGCCAUAGGCGUUUGUCUGCCCAAUUAUGCGGAAUAUUUGUAACUGUAGAAACUGAUGAAUUCGAACCGCGUUUGCCUGUGAUGGUGCCGCUUUUGCUCAAACAAUUCGGACUGACCAGCAACGCUCCUGGUAAGUUUGUGAAAGUGAAUAGGCCGAAAAACACCCCAGAAAACAUACAGCGCUUGAAGGAUCACCAUUACUUCCAAGUGCUGCAGUUGAUACUAAAGAUAUGCACGCACUGUCCGAAGUUCUUGAAAAAUGAGAAAGCUAUUGAGAAUUUAGCGUACUACAGCCAAACGCUUCUAGCUUAUCCCCAUGAUUGGGUUCGUUUAGCGGCAGCCCAAUUUUUGGGAUUUGUUUUGUCAUCUAUUGACGUGGAUAAAUUAGCAAAAUUGCUGCUGGAAGAAAAAUCCGGAGCUGGAUAUCUGCACAGCGAUCCAGAAAACUGCUUGAAGAGUUUGACGUUGGAUUUGUGUGAUCAGUUAACUCCGACCGACAUUAAGAGUGACUUAGCAGAGCAGGUGAUUAAAAACUUGGUUUUUAUUGCGCGUGUUUUGCAAGAAGUCCCCAAUAACACCGAGAAAAAAGUCAACUUGCUUUGGCUUAGCAAGAGGAUGCGCAAAAUAAUCAACUCUGAAGUGAUCGAAAACAGUGCAAGCAUCAUUCUAAGGACUGAAGUGUUCAAGUGGACCGCCGGAGUUAUCACUGCCCUAGAUAAGGGGAAUAUAAAACCCAUUUUACAUCAUUUGUUAGCUCCGUUAGUUCGCGAAAUGAUAACCACGGAAGAAAAGAACGCGCCUCUAAGGCAAUUGGCCAAGGAAGUGGCCAAUCACUUAAAGAAAAUCAUCGGAAUCGACGAAUAUUCCAUGCUCUUGCAGAAGUUGCAGAAAAAUUUGACAGUGAGAAGAGCGGAAAGGAAACGGGAAAGAAACCAGCUGGCUGUGACUGAUCCAGAGUUGUACGCCCAAAAGAAAAUCAAAGUUCAGGAAAAGAAAAAAAUAUCGAAGAAAAGGAAAUUGGAGGAGAUUCGAGGAAAGAAAAGCUUCAAGCGACGGAAAACAGUAGAUUUAGAUAAUUCUGAAGUUAUGUAAAUAAAUUAUUAUUUUUAUUAA